CGGGGACGAACACAGGGGAGCCCGAGAGAUGGCGGCGGUGGCCGUGAGCAGCGCCAAGCGGAGCCUGCGGGCCGAGCUCAAGCAGCGUCUGCGCGCGAUGAGCGCCGAGGAACGGCUGCGCCAGUCCCGCCUCUUGGCCCAGAAGGUGAUGGCCCACAGUCGGUAUCAAAAGUCCGAAAGGAUUUCCAUCUUCCUGAGCAUGCAAGAUGAAAUCGAGACAGAGGAGAUCAUCAAGGACAUUUUCCGGCGAGGCAAAACCUGCUUCAUCCCAAGGUAUCAGUUCCAGAGCAAUCACAUGGAUAUGGUGAAGCUGGCAUCCCCCGAGGAGGUCUCCUCACUUCCCAAAACGUCCUGGAACAUUCAUCAGCCCAAAGAGGACGAGGUUCGGGAGGAAGCUUUGUCGACAGGGGGACUCGAUCUCAUCUUCAUGCCAGGUCUCGGGUUCGACAAGCAGGGGAACCGCUUGGGGAGAGGCAGGGGCUACUAUGACACGUACCUGAAACGCUGUCUGCAGCAGCAGGACGUGAGGCCCUACACCAUGGCCUUGGCCUUCCGAGAACAGAUCUGCCUGCAGGUCCCCGUGGACGAGAACGACGUGAAGGUGGAUGAAGUCCUUUAUGAAGAGCCGUCCGUGUGAACCCUGAUGCCUGUGGCCGAAGGCUUCAUCCCAGAGAAAAGCAGAAUGUGUCCAUUCCCCCCUCAGGACAUCCAUGUGCAUGCGGACUGCCUGCUUUCUAGUGUAAUCGCAAAACACCUGACAUUCAACCACCUUCCCAAAUCAGGAGUAGAACGUGAAUAAAAAUGGAGGCAAUGGCCAUAUGAUUUUCAGCCUGUCUUGCUGGUUAUCGACGUGCCGGGUGGAUCUUUCUGCAGCGUCGCUCCGUGUUGGUGAGGUGCUGUGGUCCCACCCGAGUGGGAGAGCCAGGGGAUCCCGCCCCGCGUGGACACAGUUCCAGCGCGUCCUGUCGUGGGCCUGCUCAGGCUUCGGCAGGCUCGGGAGGCUCAGCCACUGUUCACUGACCUGUUGGUGUGUGUGUGUGCAGAGCUCCCCCGGAAUAUUCUAGCACUUUGUCAUGACUUCAUUUGCUCACCCUGAGAUUCUGUGUCUGAUGCUUUGUAGCUUUUGACGGUCCGUGGACUGAAA